AGAGGUGAUACCAGGGUUCAGGCAGCCUUUCCCUGGUUUGAGCCCUUCCCUUGGUCCUGGCCUUUCCCACCUUCCUAUACUUUCUCCUUUCCUCCCCUUCCCACAAUGCCCUGUCUCCCCACCCUUCUUUUUUGUCCCCAAACCUCUCCCCAUCCACCUCAAUCCCUACCCUUUCUGUGCCCCAGGCCCUUACUCUUUUAGUAACUCAGCAGUUAACAGGAUCAGAGGGCAGGUAGCCUGGCUGCUGCCCCCACCACUGCAGCCUCCAGGAGCAGCUCUGCCUCCCCACCCUCUGUCAUGGAGCUCUGGUUCACUAGGGUGCCAGGCCCCUUCUAAGAGUAAUGAGUAACCAGGGCAGGUAGCAGCAGGCAACUCAGGUGGCUGUGGCUUCCUGGGGGAGCAUGUGGUGCGAAUGCUGCUGGAGCGGGAGCCGAGGCUCCGGGAGCUGCGGAUCUUUGACCUGCACCUGAGUCCCUGGAUAGAAGAGCUGAAGACAGGGCCCGUGCAGGUGACUGCCAUCCAGGGGGAUGUGACGCAGGCCCAGGAGGUGGCAGCAGCUGUGGCUGGAGCCCAUGUGGUCAUCCAUACAGCUGGGCUGGUGGAUGUAUUUGGGAGGGCCAGUCCAGAGACCAUCCACAAGGUCAACGUGCGGGGCACGCAGAAUGUGAUCGAGGCUUGUGUACAGACUGGAACUCAGUUCCUGGUGUACACAAGCAGCAUGGAAGUUGUGGGACCUAACGUCAAAGGACACCCCUUUUACAGGGGCAAUGAGGACACCCCAUAUGAGGCAGUACACAAGCAUCCCUAUCCUUGCAGCAAAGCCCUAGCUGAGCGCCUGGUCCUAGAGGCCAAUGGAAGGAAGGUCCGCGGGGGGCUGCCUCUGGUGACUUGUGCCCUGCGUCCCACCGGUAUCUAUGGUGAAGGCCAUCAGAUCAUGAGGGAUUUCUACCGACAGGGUCUGCGCCUUGGGGGUCGGCUCUUCCGGGCCAUCCCAGCCUCUGUGGAGCAUGGUCGGGUCUAUGUUGGCAAUGUGGCCUGGAUGCAUGUGCUGGUGGCCCGGGAGCUGGAGCAGCGGGCAGCACUCAUAGGCGGCCAAGUGUACUUCUGCUAUGACAAGUCACCCUAUAAGAGCUAUGAAGACUUCAACAUGGAGUUCCUGGGUCCCUGCGGAUUGCGUCUGGUGGGCACCCGCCCACUGCUGCCCUACUGGCUGCUAGUGCUUCUAGCUGCCCUCAAUGCCCUGCUGCAAUGGUUGCUGCGCCCACUGCUACUCUAUGCACCCCUGCUGAACCCCUACACACUGGCUGUGGCCAACACUACCUUCACUGUCAGCACCAACAAGGCACAGCGCCAUUUUGGCUAUGAGCCCCUGUUCUCAUGGGAGGACAGCAGAACCCGCACCAUUCUCUGGGUGCAGGCCAUGGAGGGUACAGCCCAGUGAUGGUGGGGCUGGGGCCUGGGGGCCAUCAUGGCAUAUCCACCCAGGUCUUGAGCCCUCACACACUGGAUGGGAUGGAAUGGCUGGAUUCCAGAGCUGGAAGCUCUGGUGCCAUCUAGCUGUCCCAGAGCCCUCCACAUUUUAUGGCUACAAACUCUUGAGUCUGGGUUGUGUUCUAAUGCUUGGUUCCAAGUUUCAGGGCAGGGUUUUCUUCACUCUCAACCCAGGCCUGCUGGAUGUUUAGCAAAAAACUGAUUUCCAGAUGUUCUCACUAUGCCAUCCCACUUCUGAUUCUCAAGCACGAAGUGGCCAAGGUUCUAAAGACUGACACCCAAGUGCCUCUGGACUAGGUUCAGAUUGAAGAGACUUCUCUGGUUUCUCCCUCCACCUUUGUCCUCAGGGCAUUAUCUUCCCAUUAUUUAAAAUAAUAUAUCACCUUUAGACAUUUUCUUAAUUCCCCUCAAUGAAAGCCGAGAAAAAUCAGUGUUUUUUCACUUCUUAUCCCUCCUCCCAAAUUGAGAUCUUGCAAUAUUAUUAGCUCUCUGCCUGAGGAUAUCUCAGUAAUGUUGUACCUUGCCAAGCCCUGUAUUAAAAUCCUUUUCCAA